GUCCCCUGUGGAAUGCUGAACUUAGUACUUGUUAUCGAGACUUUUAUGAGAUCACAGGUUACACAUUUACUACACAGCAAAUACCUUGUUGCAGGAUCAAAAAUUAUGGUAUAGCACAGACAGCUCAAAGAGCACAGGGCUGUUGCUGUUGCUUCAGAGCUGCCCGGAGUUUUCUUGCAGUGCAGCUCUGCCACAUUUCUGCAGGAAUGGCCCUGCUGCUUCCUUCUCAUCCACAAGUCUCAGUGUCACUGCUUCUGUUGCUGCCCGUACUCAGCUUGGCUUCUAGGCAGUUUCACCCUGAGGGAGGCUAUUAGAAGAACAGAGCCACAUGGAUCUAUUCCUGCUUCCUUCUAGAGUCACACACCACUAUUCCACCAAAAUGAACAGGUACAGUAUAGCAGGUGGGAGCAGUGGCACCACCCACCCAUGGACUUGGUUGAACUCCAGUGCUGGCUAUCAAGCCUUUAAUCAAACCAAUGAUUAAACAUUUACCACACAGCAAUUACAUUAUAGAAGGAUCACAAUCUACGGCAUAGAGCAGACAGCUCAAAGAGCACAGGGCUGUUGCUGUUGCUUCAGAGCUGCCUGGAGUUUUCUUGCAGUGCAGCUCUGCCACAUUUCUGCAGGAAUGGCCCUGCUGCUUCCUUCUCAUCCACAAGUCUCAGUGUCGCUGCUUCUGCUGCUGUCCGUGCUCAGCUUGGCUGCAGGUGGGAAGCUGCUGGUGGUGUUUGUGGAUGGCAGUCCCUGGUUCAGUGCGCUGGAAAUGUUUGAAGUCCUGAAGCAGAAAGGACAUGAAAUAGUCGUCGUUGCCUCUGACAGCACUUUAAACAUAAAGCCAUCGGAGAAUUUUAUCCUGAAAACCUAUCGUGUUGACUUCCCACAAGAUGGGAUGGAUAGCAGUUUUGACAUAUUUUUAAAGGAUCUAUUUGAAGAAGGAUCAUUUCUGGAAAGAUUUUUAAAAGUACGAGAAAAUAUUAGAAAAGUCUCUGAGUCAACCAUCAUAUCCUGUGAACAGUUACUGCACAAUGCAGAACUUAUCAGAUAUCUCGAGGAGAGUAACUUUGAUGCUCUCUUAACGGACCCCGUACUGCCCUGUGGAGCAAUACUGGCCGAGCACCUUUCCAUCCCUUCUGUGUAUUUCAUGAUGUUAAUACCAUGUGGAUUAGAUUUUGAGGCCACCCAGUGUCCCAGUCCCCCUUCAUAUGUUCCCAGGGCAUUUUCAGACCAUACAGAUCACAUGAACUUCCUCCAGCGUGUGAAGAAUGUCAUCUUUGACACCUCCAAUCUCUUUCUUUGUGACUUCAUUUUUAAACCAUUUGAAAAACUGGCUUCUGAGUUCCUUCAGCGAGAUGUGACUGUACGUGAUCUCUUAGGCAAGGCUUCCGUAUGGCUUCUGAGGUUUGACUUUGUGCUAGAAUAUCCAAGACCAUUGAUGCCCAACAUGAUUGCAAUUGGAGGAGUAAACUGUGCUCACAAGCAGCUCUCUCAG